UCGACUGUUCUUCCGCCUGUGGGCAGUGUCAGUUUGUGAAGGGAAGAGGUAAGAGGUAAGAUAAGCACUAAAGAGGCGCAAUCAUGCCGAUGUUUGUGGUGAACACCAACGUGGUGAAAAACGAUGUGCCUGCGGCUCUUCUGUCCGAGGCCACUGAGGAGCUGGCCAAAGCUAUGGGCAAACCUGCACAGUACAUUGCUGUGCACAUCAACCCUGACCAGAUGAUGAUGUUUGGAGGGAAGGGGGACCCCUGCGCUCUCUGCUCCUUAACCAGUAUUGGCAAGAUCAGUGGUGCUCAAAGCAAAUACUCUAAACUCCUGUGUGGACUGCUCAACAAACACCUGGGCAUCUCUCCUGACAGGAUUUAUAUUAACUUUGUAGACAUGGAUGCAGCCAAUGUGGCCUGGAACAACACUACCUUUGGCUGAGAUGGAGGUCAAGAUGCUGAAAUAAUAGAUCAUUCCAGUAUUUUCCUAUACAGUACCAACAGUUAAAACAGACAAGAUGACACCUGGUAAUCCUCUGCCCAGUAUGCCUCUUAAAAGCACUUGGCUCGACCCUUUUAGCGUUGCACUAAUUGUCCUUUCUUUUCCAUUUAAAUGAAAUAAAAUACACCCUGUAGACCAUAAA